CGGCAACUAAUCAUGCCAAGAUAAGUACUGGCGAGCGUCCUCCAGCGCAAUGCAAUUCAAGGAUCUUCACACUGCCAUGCGCGAGCUGCAACUGCAAGACUGCAUAUUCUCCUGUUGAUAAAUACAAAGGAGUGAUCGUGAUGGGUACAUACAUACUAUGAUUACCUUCUGCCCAUUUAAAUUUCGGACGUCAUGGACGCCAACCCUCGCGCAAGCUCCAACGUAACCGUUGAAUACACCGAUCCUUCCGGGCUCUUCCCUUCGAUCAAAUCCCUUAUCCUUGAAGCGCUUCCCCUCCGGAACCUUCACUGGAAGUCCCCCACUCGCCCACUUCGGUCCAUCGACUCCCUCCACGUGGACCUUGUCCCCGCAAAGAGCUUAGACGAGGAGCGGAGACGACUCAGUGAUGGAGCUAGCAGUGUAGUUCCCCGCAGAAGACAUCAGAUACCAGGUCUUCGCCAAACGCCAUAUUUGAAAAUAUACCUGCUCUCUUGCGACGAUAAUGAUACCUACAAGUCCACUACAAGGAAGGCUGUCCGGGAAUGGAUCAAGACUCACGGCACGUCCCCGCAAAGUAGUAGUUCGGGUGGUUCACAGGAUAAUCAUGAUGCAUUUGAGUGGCUUAUAAUACACGUCGUUUCCGGCCCUGCAGAGGUGGCUGAGAAACCUGGGACAGGAUCGAAAUGGCCUGGCAGAGGAUCUACUACGGUGCAAGAAAAAGUAAAAGCUGACUUCGGUGGAUCGUCGAAGUCGUCUAUUGACCGUGUGGUACAGUUGCGCAUCUCCAAGUCAGAGUUGGAUAAGCGACCCCCAGAACUUGCUGCUCAGCUCGAGGACCUGGUUGCGAAAUUGAAAUCUUCUAUCCUCACAUCUUUUGAUCAUCGCGUCAGUCAAUAUGAAGAAGAUAUUCGGCACAAGGACUCGCAAAGAAGCCUGCCUGGAUGGAAUUUCUGCACAUUCUUUAUUUUAAAGGAGGGGCUUGCGCGCGGGUUUGAACAUGUUGGUUUAUACGAAGAUGCGUUAGUUGGAUAUGAUGAGCUUGCUGUUGGACUGGAUGCGGCCCUUCGUGACCAGCUUGUUGCUAAAGGUGACCAACACGGCGGGACAUUUCUCAGUUGCACCAAGGAUUUGAGGAUGAAAGCUGAGAAGGCUCUUGGUUUAAUACCUGGGGAGGAUGAUGAGGGCGAAUGGAAACACUAUGACGAUUCACACGAAGAUGACAGCGAGGACAGCGAUGCAACUGAUGAUUUUCCCUACAUUGCCCUGAAUGAAGAGCUGUUUCCUCUGGAUCCAAACAAGAAGCCAUACCGGGAAAUGAUCCUUGCCAAUAAUAUUUCGGUCUUCGAUUUUCGAGUGUACAUUUUCGCUCGACAGAUGAUGUUGCUGCUAAAAGCUGCUAGAGCCCCUUCAAUACAGAGUGGGAGCAGUCAAACUACCGGAAAACCAGCCAAGGAAGCUGUGAAUUUAACACUGCUUGCGGAAAUAUGUGAACGGGCAAGUGAGUUUAUUAGUAUUGGGUCACGAACAUUGCGACACGAUUUGUAUGCUGGCCUGGACGAGUUGGAACAUGAAUGCGACGAAUCCAGUGUCGUGGACAUCCUUAACAACAUAGUAUAUUCGUGGACAUAUUCUGCAAUUUCUCAGGUACUAAUCCAAACCGCUACGGACUCCCUUGACAUCCCAAAGGCUUCCCUUCGAAAUACACGGGAUCUAGUGAAUGCGUCCGUACUGGCAAACUUUGUUGCAGAGUCCCGACCAGGCGUCCCGAAACGGUCAAGUUCGCUAACCGCCAAUACUCUUAUCAGUAGUCGACCUACUAGCCUGGACAUCAUGUCCCCGGGAGUUUAUAGCGGAGCCCAGCCUAGAGCCCCGCUUGCUUCCCUAAAAUCGGACGGUUCAGUCCAACAGAGGACUGGGCAAUCCGAGCUUGCAUCUUCCCGCGGCGACCUAUUCCUCUAUGCGCGCCGGACCUUGGAAAACAUUGCCCAACGGCGAGGUUGGUCGAAGAAGUGGCGGGAUCUGGGGUUGCUCUUUGAUGAACAUAAUGCGCCUAUAAUGGGACUGAAGGACGUAGCUUUAGAUGAGGAUGGAGAAACACAAGACUCUACAACCACGGAGCAGAAAGUUGUACCGGUACUACGAGCGAUCGAAAAUCCAUCAAUGAUGAGAGCUUGUAGAUCUGAAAAACAUUUUGGCUCCAUAUACGAAGGAUUAACCGAUCAGAUAUUCCGCCAUUACCUUGCAGCAAAUAGAACUAGAUCUGCUGAGAUGGCGAUGGCCGAUAUUGCAGUCCUGAGGUACCGCGCAGGCGACUAUGCUACGGCGGCCUCAUUCUUCCAUCAAAUGGCUCCCUUCUACGCUAGUUGCCGUUGGGGUGUUUUGGAAGGGGUAAUGCUUGAAUUGUACGGAAGAUGCCUAAAGCAUCUGGGACGUAAAGAUGACUAUGUCAGAGUCCUACUUAAGCUACUUGGAAAUUAUGCCGGGGUCGCGCAGUCCGGACGGAAGACAGGGGCUCCUCAGGGCAAAAGAAUAAGUUCGGCUGCACCCUCAUCAUUCUCACCAGUUGCCCGGACUUUGGCUUCAAGCUAUGUCGAUGACCUAUUUGAGGUAUCUCAGAGUCUUCCCACGGAAUUUUCCGUACCUCUCAAUGAAUUUUUCGGUGGCAUAGAUAUCAGCCCGACAAUUCAUCAUUUUGAGGAUAAGGAUGGGAUUCUCGUUGAACUUUCCCUUAGGUUUCUUCUUGGAAGUAGCAUCGAUGUUGACAAUGUGAAGAUGCGACUUGUUAACUCUGCAGGUGUUCAUAACAGCGAAAUCUGGUUGGAAAAUGUGGACGAUGUGGUUGUCAAGUCGACUACGUCGAGAAUCCUUCUACACUCUUUUGUUUCGGUGCAUGGAAAAUAUCUAGUCGAUCGAAUUGAGGUACGAGUCGGAAAUUUCGUGUUUGUCCAACACCAUGGGUUACCGCCACAAUUCCGGCCAGGAUUACGGGAACCUGACGCGGAUGAAUCUGACGAAGAAGAUGAGCGCCCAUUUGUUUUCUGCUACCCUCCUGCCAAGGGGCUUCAGGCAAAGAUUUCCCCGCCGUAUCGCAUAAACCUGAGCGACCUACGAACGAUAGAAAUCGAGCUAAAAAGUGGCUGGAACAAUAUUCUCAAAGGUGUUCUGCGAGUAAAACCUGCAACUGCUGGACUCAGGCUCCGAAUUACAGAAGCCAACAUUGUGGAUGGCCCUAUAAAAUUGGCAGAGAAUGCAGAAUCUGGCCAAAUUGACUUUACAGACUUCGGGCCCAAUUCAUCCGCCAGAUUGAGUAUUCCCUACACCCUCGAGGAUGAUCAAACGUCCUUGUCUGCGCGUCUGGAAGUCAUUUAUGAGACGCCCGAGGGUCAAUUCUCUUACUUCUCUUCGACCUCGAUAGUAUCGAUGUUGCCAGUUAGCGUCAACGUUCAAGAUAUGUUCAAGGACGACUCGCUGAUGUCGAGAUUCACAAUCAGCCCAGCAAUGGUGACCCCUCUCCGGAUACUGAACUGCGAGAUUCCCAGUUCAGAGGUAUAUGAGGUGCAAUCUAGUAUUCAUCGUUGGGAGGUCCUUGAUGUUUUCCCUCGCCAGCCGGCGUCGUUGCUUUACAAAAUAACUCCUCGUGAAGAUAAGCCACUGCAAGCCGAUGCCUCAAAACGGUCCCUUGCAUUGACAAUCGAUUUUGCCUGUCUUGAUGAGGAGUGCCUUCACGCCAUUGAGGACCGGUUUGUCCGGGAUAUUGGCUCAAGUAAAUUUGAGCAACUAGCCCGACUCCUGACCCCUCGCCUUCUUGACGCAUUCCGCUCUGCGUGGACUGCCAACGAUCUCGAGACUAUUAGUCUAAUCAGGGAGAUCGAUAUGUUGCCAUAUGAGCGUGUCCAGUGGGAAGCCGUAACCAACUCAUUGAGCGGGAAUUUCGGAAAGGAAGUUGUCUCGUGGCUUAAGGAAUGGCACAUGCAAAAUCCCACCUUACCGCUCCCUCACAAUAGCAACGGAACCACCACCACUACCACCACGAUUCCUAACCGCCAAAUAAUCAUCCCGGUCGACAUCCCCGAGGUUCAAAUCGUCCACACCGCAAACCUCACCGUCGCCCAGCCAAACCACCUCACCCACGCGACCGUUGGCGAGAUGAUCCCCGCCACCUUAGCCAUCCACCAUACACGGCGCUGGUGCCCCCCGCAGCACCGGGAGCCAGAAUCAAGCCUAGAAUUCUCCUACGAGCUCCUCGUGAACCCGGACAUAUGGCUCGUGGGAGGGCGGCGACGGGGCAAUUUUACCGCCACAGAAGGCGAGCGCCGCACCUUCACCGUCAUGCUCCUCCCGCAGCGACCGGGCCAUCUACUACUGCCCGGGCUGGAGGUUAAGACGUUUGUCACGCAGGCGCCGGCGGGUGGCGAGGCGGAGCUGGUCUCGGGUGCUGUGCAGCGGCGAGUGGUGCCGUGCGAAGUUGAUUAUCAGAACCAUGCGGAGACGGUGCUUGUGUCGCCUAAUUUGCAGAAGACGACGGUUAACUUGGAUGUUUCUGGUGGUACGGGUGCUGGUGUUGGUGGUAGUAGUGGUAGUAGUAGUGGGAGUUGGCUGGUUGAGUCUGAGCGGAGGGUUGAGGUUACUGGAUAGAACGCGUGCGGCGCUUCGCUCUAAUUUGUCUUUUAUCUUAUAACCUACCUUCAUACUUCUGUCAUGUUCUGCUUUGUAUAUGGUUUGGUUCUGCUUGUUUUAUUUUUGUUAACAGAUACCAAUUCUAGAAUGCAUUGGCAAGGCCAGGCGCGCGCAUAUACAAGCUUCCUCGUUAUCUAAUUUCUUAUUUUCACCCCCUUCAUUCUCCCAGCAUCCGGUCAAUCCGAUGGUGGUUUCUAUCAACCAUUCUAAGUCGCACGCGCACACGGUAAGGUCAUGGAAUAAUGUACUCUCGUGGAAGAGAAGGAGUCAAGGACUAAGUGGCCACAUCAGCCCCAGUUCCUUCUAGGUGUAAUCCUUAGUGAUAACCCUCUCCUUUUUUCCUAACUGUUAUACAGAGUAGUUAGUAUAACUGCGUAUGUACGCUUACUGUUAAUUUUUCUAUUUCUUACCAUCAAAUUUCUCUGUCAUCUAUUUAAGCUUAUAUUUGAUAUCAGUAUAAAAGAAAGAGAGUAAGAGAGAAUAAAGAU